UUUGUGUCCCCGCCCUCCCCCGGGGACCGCAGCGGGCUAAGAGGCACUGCUGGUGUCAGAGCCCGGUGAGCGCUGGCAGUUCCGCGGCGGAGAUGCUGAGAAGCGCUGGGUCCACAAGCAGCGCUGUCCACUGCGGACUUCCGAGGCAUUCGGGGCCGUGAAAAGCCCCAGCAUCGCGGCCAAUCUCAGGCCCCCGAAGGCACCCACUAUUCUAGGAACCAGACUGGGGGAAAGAGUCCAGCCAGCAGCUGUAGUCCUCCGGAUCGCGAGCGUCCUGGAACCCCUAGAGACACCCCGGAGUUCCAGAAGCUCUCCGGCGGCCCCCAGAACCGGUUUGCUGCGAGCGACAGUCCAAGACCCCCUCUGGUACACCGGUCAUCUGCCCGCCGAGGCUGGGUCCGGCGCACACCAUGAUCGUUGCGGACCCGGAGUGCCGCUCCGAGCUCAAGGGCUACCUGCCGUUCGCCCGGGGCGACGUCGGAGAUCCGGGGGCCGGAGAGGAGCAGAGAGAAAGCCCUGCUCGGCGAGGCCCCCGAGGGCCCAGUGCUUUUAUCCCAGUAGAAGAGGUCCUUCGGGAAGGGGCUGAAAGCCUGGAGCAGCACUUGGGGCUGGAAGCGCUGAUGUCCUCAGGACGGGUAGACAACCUGGCGGUGGUGAUGGGCCUGCACCCCGACUACCUGAGCAGCUUUUGGCGCCUGCACUACCUGCUGCUGCACACAGACGGGCCCCUGGCCAGCUCAUGGCGCCACUACAUUGCCAUCAUGGCUGCUGCCCGCCACCAGUGUUCUUACCUGGUGGGUUCCCACAUGGCCGAGUUUCUGCAGACUGGUGGUGACCCCGAGUGGCUGCUGGGCCUGCAUCGGGCCCCUGAGAAGCUGCGGAAACUCAGUGAGAUCAACAAGUUGCUGGCACAUCGGCCAUGGCUCAUCACCAAGGAACAUAUCCAGGCCUUGCUGAAGACAGGCGAGCACAGCUGGUCCCUGGCUGAACUCAUCCAGGCCCUGGUGCUGCUCACCCACUGCCACUCACUGGCCUCCUUUGUGUUUGGCUGUGGCAUCCUUCCAGAGGGGGAUCCAGAGGGCAGCCCUGCCCCCCAGGCACCAUCACCCCCCAGUGAGCAAAGUAGCCCCCCCAGCAGGGAUCCACUGAACAACUCUGGGGGCUUUGAGGCCGCCCGUGACGUGGAAGCUCUGAUGGAACGCAUGAGGCAGCUGCAGGACAGCCUGCUGCGGGACGAGGGAGCCUCUCAGGAGGAAAUGGAGAGCCGCUUUGAGCUGGAAAAGUCGGAGAGCCUCCUGGUAACCCCCUCAGCUGACAUCCUGGAGCUUUCUCCACACCCAGACAUGCUGUGCUUUGUAGAAGACCCUACUUUCGGAUAUGAGGACUUCACCCGGCGAGGGACUCAGGCACCCCCUACCUUCCGGGCCCAGGACUAUACCUGGGAAGACCACGGCUACUCACUGAUCCAGCGUCUCUACCCUGAGGGUGGGCAGCUGCUGGACGAGAAGUUCCAAGCAGCCUACAGCCUCACCUACAACACCAUCGCCAUGCACAGCGGUGUGGACACCUCGGUGCUCCGCAGGGCCAUCUGGAACUACAUCCAUUGUGUCUUCGGCAUCAGAUACGAUGACUAUGAUUAUGGGGAGGUGAACCAACUCCUGGAGCGGAACCUCAAAGUCUAUAUCAAGACUGUGGCCUGCUACCCAGAGAAGACCACCCGGAGGAUGUACAACCUCUUCUGGAGGCACUUCCGCCACUCAGAGAAGGUCCACGUGAACCUGCUGCUCCUGGAAGCUCGCAUGCAAGCCGCCUUGCUCUACGUCCUCCGCGCCAUCACCCGCUACAUGACCUGACUCCCUCCCACGCAGGACCCACACCCGGAGCAGCUGACUCUGGGGCAUCCUCCUCCCUGCAAGGACUUCUCUGUCUGAAGACAGACCCAGGACCCCUUCUGUCCCACACCCCCAUACCCCACCACGGGGGCGGGCUUGUGUGAUGUACAGCCCCUGACGGCGCUCUCCUCGUCUCUGGAAUGGACAGAAUCAUUGCACUGACUGACUCUGGGAUUCCAGCUUGCCUCAUGGGACCUGGAAGAGGACUAGGAGAUCCCAAGGACCGUGCCCUUCUUCCUUUCCUGGCCCCCAGAGCCAGAGGUCACAGGAAGAGGAAUGGCCCACCCUCAGACCUACAUGUCAGUAGCCCAGGCCCCAGGCCCCAUGAGUGCCAUGGCCCUCUGGGACUGGAAAGUUGUGGGCUGGCCUCUGGAGAAGAGCAGCACAGAGCUCCAGGGCCUUAGCACUCCAGGCAGCUUUGCCUUCCCUCCCCGCCUCACUCUCAUAUCGCAUUACCUCCCACCUGCCGUUCACCCAUCAAUGUGAAAGUCAGGGUCACAGCUGGUCUGUGCACCCAGUCCAUCAAAAGCCUUUUCUGUUGGGCAACCUGCAGGCCCUCCGUUCCAUGGUGGCCCAAAUCCUACUUCAGUUCUUUACCUCUUCACCCCUGUAACCCUGUCUCCCACACCCAGUGGUGUGAGACCGUAGGUGAGGGCCAGACACAUCCAAAGAGCAGACUAUCCCUAGAGGAGGAGCCCCUGUUGUCCACUUUGCCUUCUGAGGAGGAGGGAAGAUUUGAAGAUAAAUGAUCUGUACUUAGGUCCUCUGUGAUUGAGACCAGGCCUCCUCAGGGCCUCACCUUUGAAAUCCGGUCAGUGCCUAUGAGGAGCGGAGGGAAGUUCUGUGACUGCAGUGGCUGUUGCCCACCCUCUUAUCCCCAGGGGCUGUGCUAAGGACUUGCCAAAAAAAAGUUGAGCCUUUUUAGAUGGCUGACAUGAUGCCAGAGUCCAGGGAGGGAAGUUAAUGCCAGGGUCCUGGUUUGGCUCCUGCCACCGAUUCAGUGGCUGUGACCACACUGCCGAGCCCCCCUGAGCAUUGCACUUGCAGGCUGAGGGGUAUUUUUUGAGUUUCCCCAGAUUUCAUGCUGUGCCCUGGGAUCUCAGGUCAAUAGCAAGAAGAUUUUUUUUUUUUCUUACAAGGUUAUGAAGGCUCCUGGGGACCUCCCCUCCUCUUUCAGUCAAUCUCCUGGCUGCCUUUGAAGAACUUACCCUUAUCUUAGCACCUGUCAGUCCCUCCUGGGUUCAGGUGGAGUGCUUGGAGACAGAAGCAGCUAAGGACUGACCCCGAGCCCUUUCUGCAGCCAACAACUGUGAAUCUCGGCUUCCCUCGCCCUUCCAGCAGCGGAUGCCUCCUCCCAGGCUGGAGGAGCCUGGGCAAGGCAAGGGCACCAUUCCUCUGCUUCUCCCCCCAGGUGGCAGGAAAGCAACCUGGCCACUGUGCCACAUUUCAUACCCAUGCAGGCAUGGGGAAGCGACUGGCGACCCCCCAGACCUAAAUAAGCCCUCCCUACAAAGAUUGGGGGAGGGGAGGGGUCCCAGCAUGGGGGUUUGAAUAAUGACUGUGUCUCCAGGGUGGGUGGGGAGGGGUAUCCAGUGUUAAAAGUGUUGAAACCUUUGAUCUUGCUACUGGUUGU